AUGGCUACUACCACCACCAACGACACCCUCUUGUCUCUGUCCGACGAACUGGCACCCUUGGGAGGACCGAACAGCGCAGUCAACCCUCGCCUCCGAAGACGCUCCAGCGGACUCGGAGGAGAGAUCAGGGCAGGAGACACAGGCUCGCCGGCAUUAGCAACAUUGGACGUGAGACCGCCGUCUCCCGCAACAAUCAAAGCGCAGACCGAACGCGACCGCAAAAAGCCAUUCUCCAAGCGCAGGAAAGCCAAAACAGUCUUCCAACAGUGGAAAAGGUAUGCGUUGAAGCACACAUGGGUUACACCGCUGGCGCUGUUGCUGGUAUUCCUCGCCCUCUAUGCGAUCAACCCGACUAGCUCGAAUCCUGUCCACCACUUUAUCUUCCUCUCCUACGAGAUUCCUUUAAGUCCGAACGACCCGCCGGGAACACUGACUCAAUAUGGGAAGGGAGGCUGGGAUCUCGCGUUCGUCAGCUUCUAUGUUAUUGUGCUCUCGUUUACAAGAGAGUUCAUCAUGCAGAGAAUCCUACGACCUCUGGCCAAGCGCAGUGGAUUGAAGAGCAGGGCAAAGCAAUCCCGCUUCAUGGAGCAGAUGUAUACGGCUAUCUACUUUGGAUUUCUCGGUCCCUGCGGAUUAUAUGUUAUGAGUCGGACACCUCUUUGGUACUUCAACACCAGGGCUAUGUACGAGUUCUUCCCACACAAGACCCACGAGGCUUUGUUCAAGUUCUACUACCUCUUCCAGGCGGCAUACUGGGCUCAGCAAGCAAUUGUGCUUGUGCUGGGAAUGGAGAAGCCCAGGAAGGAUUUCAGGGAACUGGUUGGGCACCACGUAGUGUCAUUGGCUCUGAUAUUCUUGAGCUACCGUUUCCACUUUACCUACAUGGGUCUCGGGGUCUUUAUCACCCACGACAUCAGCGAUUUCUUCCUCGCCACCUCCAAAACUCUCAACUACCUCGACCACCCACUCGUCGGCCCCUAUUUCGGAUUCUUCGUCGUCGCCUGGAUAUACCUGCGCCAUUACCUCAACCUCCGCAUCCUCUGGUCCGAAUUCAAUGAGUUCAAGACCGUCGGCCCCUACGAACUCAACUGGGCAACCGAACAAUACAAAUGCGCUCUCUCGCACUGGAUCUCCACCAUCCUACUUGCCGCUCUCCAAGGCCUGAACCUUUUCUGGCUGUACUACAUCUUGCGCAUCGCAUACCGGUUUGUUUUUGUAGGCACUGCGGACGACGACAGAAGUGAUAACGAUGAGAAUGAGUUCCAAGAGGAGGAGAGGCUGGAUGCGGAGGCAAGAGACAGGCGGGCGCUGAAGGAAGGAACUGCUAGCCCUGCGGUGGUGCUGCUGAAUGGGCAAUCUAUGAAUGGCGCUGCCAAGGGCUAUGGGAUUGCAGCGAGCAGUGGGGCGAAGACCCUGUCGAAUGGGGCUGCAAAUCGGAAGGAAACUGGCAGGACGAAAGCUUGA